AUGGAAAUGGAUAACUGGUCUCAACAAGAACCUCUAAAUGUUGAAAAAGAAGAGGCAAAGACAAACACAACUCCAACCUCACAACCUGAGGAAGAUCCCGACGUCGAGGCUGGUGAUUCUACAGCAGCCACUGAGACAGUCAGUCUGCUGGAAAUUAUAGAUGAGACCACAUCAGCUCCUGUUGCACCUUUAACUACAAAGCCAAGUGCAGAUGAGUCAGAAGUUGAAACUUCUGAUGAUGGGAACAUAUUUGGAGGGAAAAACGGCAGUGUGGAUUCCAUUGUCACGCCUGUGGAACCGGACUCUGGAUCUGGGAUACCUACCUCAGAGCUGGACGAAAAGACUUUUCCGAAGUCUGUUGACGUGCCACAUAAAACACAAAUGCCUACAAAAUCUCCAAAUCUAAUACCUGGGAAAGGAAGGGCCCUGGUUCCUUCUGAAUCUGAGAAUGAAAAACGGGAAAACCACAGUUCAUCAGACUGGCUCGUUGUUACUAUUGUGAUUUUGGCAGUGGUAGCCAUUUUUAUUGUUUGUGUAGUCGCUGCCAAAAGAAAAAGCUGGUGCGGCAGGAAGCAAACCCUGAUGAUCACGGCCAAAGAUGGCGGCGAGGGCAACGGGACGGCCGCCGCAGCUUCCAGCUCCCACAACCAGGACAGAGAGCAAGAAAUGGUGACCCUCAUGAACAAGGAGAACAUCCAGGAGAAUGGCAACACAGAGGAGUUCACGGUCAUCAAACUAGAGGAGUCACCAGACAAAGACCAGCAGGCGUGAGAAGGUCAAGGCUGACAGGACUGGGAAGGGAGUGGUCCGAAGAGAAGACACGGAGCGAAGAAAGAAAGGAAAGAAGACAAGUUGGGAUGGGGAGCCUAAACUGUGGGUGUGUAAACUGCUUUCAGUGAGCAGCAGUGAAUGGACACUGACUAGGAAAGCAUGGAUGUGAUAUUUGGAGCAUUUAUUUGUCUGUUGUCUUUAAAAGAAACCAGACCUUUCAAAAUAAAGUGCAGCAAAUUGUUUGGUGACAAUUUACUUAGGACUAAAACCUGGUCACCAAAGUGUUUUUUCCAGUUUGGUGUGUUCAUGACUUUGUAUGCUUCGUAAAAAAUACAAAGCUUCAUAUAUGAGUUUGAGGUGUGGGAGGGGGAUGAGCUGUUGAGAAAAAAAAAAAGAUCCGUUAUUUGCACAUUUCAUUUGCUGAAUCCUAAAAAAAAAACAUUAAGGCCUGAAUACAAAAUAACAAAUCAGUCACCUUAAAUGCUUUUAUUUUGCUUAAUUAUUUAGAUGGAAAACUAAUCCUCCCUCUCCCCACAAUAUUCCAAUAAUUCAAACGUGAGAACAAUAUGCUGUAUCCUUUUUUUAAGCUUACCAUAGUUGUUUUGUUUUUUUCUUUUAAGAAAACUGAGGUCUUUUAUAUCUUAAUUUAUGUCACGUGGAUUUGGUUUGUGUACA